CUGGUAUCACUGUGGUCCCUGUCACAGGAGAAACAGACAACUGAGGAAUAUUAGGGUCUGGGAGGCAACAGAUUAAGAUAAAGACCAAGGAGAGUCCUUGACCUCCAUUGAAGAACCGCUCUCGAGCCCCCAAUUCCAGCCGUUCCUCUUUCUGCCAUCCCUUCUGUAAACCCAUCAGAAACAAAAGCUUUCUCUCUCACACAAACCCUUUGGGCCGGCGUCGUCUCCCUCUCUUCUUCAUAUACCUGGAAAACAUCAGAAGUGACUUCCACUACUUGACACAACGAAAACCCCUCAUCUGACAAAGCUCGAUUGAACUUCAUUGGCUUCUUGCUGCCCUUGAGCCUCCUUUCACCACUUGAUCCUCUGUGAUACUCUUCUCCUCUCACUGUCUUUCUCUGCCGCUUCUCCACCUCUGUCUCUGGAUAGCAAGCCGGCCUGCCAUGCCACCCAAGGGCCUUUACCACCAAGCUGCUCUCCCCGAAGCACGCGGGCUGAAGUAUGACGAAUCCGACAUGGCUCUCUUCCACGCCAAGCUCUCCUAUCACUCCACUAUCGAAGCCCGCAUGGCAUCCAAGGACUCCAAUCUAGCAUCAAUCUCGGAUGCCCAAGCGCGGAUCCUCAAGCGCUGGGAGAUGCUGAAGCAGGUGGAGAAGGAGAUGGCAGACAAGGGCAAGUCUCUGUCUCCCGCGGAAAGAAAGCAGCUCGCACAAUACGAGUGGCGGUAUAAACGACUGGAGGAGGUGGCGACCCAGAGCACUAGCUGA